UAUGUUAGAAAUAGAAGCUCGUAAAUAUGGACGGCACAUACGAGUUGAACUUGAAAAAUAUAACCAAUUGUGUUGCAUCCGGCGCGAUGAUUUUUGGUGCAAUUGUACCUUAUGUGCCACAAUACAAGGAGAUCAAAAGAAAAGAAGAUGCAGAAGGAUUUUCCCUUUAUGUUUGUCUCACCCUUCUGGUCGCUAAUACACUUCGUAUACUAUUUUGGUUUGGCAAACACUAUGAGCUUCCACUCUUAUUGCAAAGUAUGCUUAUGAUUGUAGCAAUGUUUGUUAUGAUUAAGCUUUGCAUUAAUGUGCAAAACAGAACACAGAUAAUUAAAGUAAAGGAACGCGUACUUACAGAUGAUACUGAAUCUUUUAAUUUCACAGAUUUGGAUGCUAGGUUUUUUUGGAAAUGGACUGAUUUCAAGUCCUACCUGGGUUUUAUGAUUUUAUUUGCCAGUAUAGGUAGUGUAUCAAUGUAUUUAUUUAUGGAUAUACCAAUAUUUAUUGAAAUUAUUGGGUUCUUAGCAUUAUUAAUUGAAGCCAUGCUAGGAGUUCCUCAAUUUUUACGUAAUUCAGCUAAUAAGUCUACUGUAGGAAUGAGUAUUGCUAUGGUAGCUAUGUGGACUGUGGGAGAUAUUUUCAAGACGUGUUACUUUGUCUUGAGGGAUACUCCUAUACAAUUCCAAGUGUGCGGUGCUCUUCAAGUCACGAUUGACAUUGCUAUCUUAGCACAAGUAUAUCUUUACAAAACUAAUAACUCUGUACAUACAAGAGCUCCUACAAGAGCAGAUUGAUGCUUGUCCAAUAUCAUUUUUGCAUAGCUUUAUAUAUACAAAUUUUAACAUUUUAAUGCCAAUCUAAUGCCAAUCUAAUGAAAAAUAAAAAUAAUAUAUUUU